AUGUUCAACAACUUACGAGAUGAGCAACUGGCACUAGGGUUGGAUCUGUGGGCCCCUUUUGACAAUGAAGAGGAGUGGCAGCUUGCACGGUGGCUUGUGACCAACGUGGGCAAGACAGCAAUAGAGGAAUUUUUGAAACUACCAAUUAGGGUUGACGCACUCCCACACGGAGCAGACUGGAGACUCAAGAACAUUGAUGUGACCGGUAAUGUCGCAGGCAAAGAUGACAAGCCCAUCAAAGAGCAGCUGGAGCUCUGGCUCUGA